CAUAAGGGGGGUGUCAUAAUGUGACACAUAGAGGUCACCAUAUUAACAAUGUGAUGGGCAAAGUUUAGCAGUGCUACAGGGUGGAGCUCAGUGGUGCAACAGGGGUCCCCAAACAUAACUUUGCUUGGAGCUCCAGAAAUGACAAAUCUGUCGCUGGAUAAAGGAGGUACAGAGGUAGCAAUUGCACCCAGGCUCCUCUGGCACACAACAAUACCGCAGUUAUUUUUUAGGCGGCAUGUGGCAGGUAGCGAACCCAAUUACAGCAUUUUGGGCCAGUACUUUAAAGCAAUGGGCACAAUACGAGUGACAUGACAACUGAACAACGAUUAGUACUAAGUACUGCAAACCACCUGAUCCACCAGGAAUCUUCAGAAUAUAUCCUAAGAUACUAAAACAGUAUGUUAUGCUUUGUGACUGAGGACAAUGGCAAUCUCUGCUGUCCUCCUGGCAGGGAGGUUCUAGUUCAAAGUCCAGGUAUCAUAAUGAAAGUAAAAAGAAAACCACCUCAGAUGUGACCGGUCACGCAAUAGAGCUCCAGAAGCUUUAUUCUGAUAUUUCUGAACUGCCUGCAAAGCCAAACGUGGAUUUACGGAGAAGACAGUUCCAGCUCAUUGCAAAAACAGGAUUCAGGUUCAACUGCUUGUUCCGUUUGGCAGCUGAGAGAAUAGUUGGAGGUUGGGUGAAAGUGAGGGAUUGGUCUCAGGUGAGCUCCAGCUUACCACUCCCUCUCGUACAUAAUGUAAGUCUUUACUGUGAGCAGGCAGUCAGAGGAAGAACACUAUGGCCGAGUCACAGCUUCUGUGCUUGAGAGAUGACCAUGUUAAUGAGAAGAUCACGGAGAACAUGGUCUACUUCUACUACAGCGAGGACCAGAGGAGGUGCCUAGAAGUUCUAGUCAACAACGGGAUCCAGGCUUACAGACAAUACAUUAAGGAGAAAGAAAUAAAGGAUUUCCUUUCUACCAAGGAACUUACAGACCUGAAAUGUGACUUUAAGAAAUAUGAAAUUGAUAGUCCAAAGAAACCAACGAAACAACAGGCGAGUAAGCAGCAGAAGGAGAAAGAAUCCACCCUGCAAUACUGGCCUGCACUCAGUGAUACAGAGAUUCCACCUCUUGACCUCGGCUGGCCCGAUAAAGGAUAUUACAGAGGGGUUAGCCAGAUGCUUGUGUAUACCCACCCUCCUAAGGAAAAUGCCCCCACCAUAAAGGCUGUUGUGAGAGAAAUGAUCCAGAGUGCAAAGAAGGUAAUUGCCAUCGUAAUGGAUUAUUUUACCGACAGAGAAGUGUUUAAAGAUGUGCUGGAUGCAGCCGACAAACGGAGGGUCCCGGUCUAUAUGAUUCUAGGAGAGAGUGGAGUCAAGCAUUUCUUGGAGAUGUGUGAAUUCAUGCAAGUGCCUGGAUUUAAGCUUCGGAAUUUACGAGUCAGGUAUGUUACAGGGGUUGGAUUCUAUUUAACUCCUGGGAAGAUCGGAGGAUGCAUCUCGCAUAAAUACAUAAUGGUGGAUAGCGAUAAAGUAGCCUUUGGUUCUUUCAGAUUAACAUGGUCAUCUUUAAGAGUGGAUCGCAGCAUUAUGACACUACUGUCAGGACAAUAUGCUGAACCUUUUGAUAUUGAAUUUCGUGAACUCUACGCAAUAUCAGAGGAAGUAAAUCUUUACAAAGAGCUGGGGUUCCCUGAUGUCCGACCUAGUCCCAUGGUGGGAGCAAGAGCACGUUCUUCCACUGUUGCUCGUAAACUCAUCAAUCCUAAAUACACAUUAGUAGUGGGAAGAAGCCCAGCACCAGGUGAAAUGCUAAGAUUUGGAACACCAAACCCACCAGCAUCUAAAGAUAAUGAGGAAAGUGAAGGAGAUAAAAGAAUGGCAACAUUUCUUGAAGAUCUAAUCACUAUAGAGCAGGAGUUUCCAGAAAAUGUGAAUUUAGACAUUCUUCCAAAGGUGGCUAUCUUGACAAAUAAACAGACUGCCAAAGCUCCCGAAGACAAUCGGACAAAUAAAUCCACCAAAAAACCAAGCUUUAGGUUUUUCAAAAAGUCACAACCAAACAGUCAGGAAAAGGAAGUUGAUGGAGGCUUUGUAUUACUAACUAAGCCAAAACUUGAUCUAAGUCAAAGCAACAGCUUCAGGAGUCAACAGGAUCUGAGAGCAUCAGGUAACAUCAGUCCAGUCUCCACUAAGAGUGAAAAACCAAAGCAAGACAAAUGCAUAAUAUCCUGAAGCGUGGGGAUUUCUUAAAUGAAUGCAGCAAACGUGCAUAUAUAUUUAUAGCAGAUGGGAAAGUAAUAUAAAACAAUUGGUUCUCCCAAGAUGUUGUCUCAGGGAUUGUAAAAAAAAAAAUUCUCUUUGAGCUCUGCUUGUUGUAGAGCAUGUGACUGUACCAGAGAGUUAAGUAGACCACCAUGAUCUGUUAAAAUAAUGGGCACAAGCAUUUUGUGACCCCUUAAAUGCA